GUAGAUGUCUAGAGGGUAGUCAUUUAGGAAAACGAGUUAUAUGGAACACGGUCGAACAUAACGUAAAUGCACUUCUCUCCAGAGCCACUUAGACGGAGGAUUUUGCAAUCUUGUAUUCACUCAAGUCUAUUUAUAUUUCGACAUGGUAAACAUUAGAAACAUUGAAAAGUCUGAAAUAAAGCAGGUAGCUCAUCUUGAGGACUUGUGUUUUCCAGAAAAUGAACGUGCAUCUCUUAAGACUAUUACUGACAGAGUUUCCCAAGCAUCUGAGUUACAACUUGGCCUUUUUGCUCCUACCAAACAUACUACCACCUUAAUAGGACACUUGAUGGCUACCAGAACAUCGUCGGAAAGUGUGACGGUAGACUCGAUGUCCAAGCAUGAGCCCACGGGAAACAACGUAGCUAUCCAUUCCCUUUCCAUUCAUCCUGCACAUCGUAGUAGGGGCUACGCAAAGCAAUUAAUCAAAGAACUACAGUUUCGCUGCGAAAAGACUGUCAGUCCCAAGCCUCGGAUCAUAACUUUGUUGGCUCAUAAGCCUUUGAUCCAUCUCUAUGAGGAGACCGGUUUCAAGCUUAUGGGUGAAAGUGCCUGCAAGUUUGGAGGUGAUACCUGGUACGACAUGAUUUAUGAAUUAUAGAUCGAUUACAUGAUUACAUGUGGAUUGUGCCUUAGUUAAUGUACUUGCACGAUUCGUCCCUACAACUCCAGUCCUCGAUAACAGUCUUUUUAGUAUAUCAAGAUCUCUUUGAACUUUUAGUAACUACAAUUAUUUGUUUACGAUCUGUUUUGUUGAAAAUUAUAGCAAUAGAUA